GGCGUUGUGUGUGCGAUAUACAUUACGUAAGUUGAAGCAGCAGUAGAUGAGUAGAUGUCAGCGCGACACGAUAGUGCCCUUACGAUUUUCUCUCGAUUGCUCGCUCCGCUGGAUAAAAUUAAGGAUAAUAAUGGGUAAUUGGGUCGCUACAUAUAUAACGCAUCCCGACACGAUGCCCGUGCCCGACGGUAAACCGACGUUCGACCCGUUGUUCGGAUUUCCGAACGGUCGAAAGAUCAGAGAAAUGCCUUUGUCGGAGGAAGAUAUGAAGGCUUAUAAAAUCCCUGUUGACAAACGCGAUUAUUGUGCCCACAAAUAUAUGGAUUUGGAUGAAUGUAAAAGACGCCAUUACCCAUUCAUGUUGAAGUGCGCGCAUGAAAGACACGAAUAUAACGCGUGUUAUGUUGAAGAUUACACUAUGAGAAUGAAGGAAUAUGAAAGGGAACGUCGUCUUCUCGAGAGAGAAAAGAGGAUACGGCAAAAGAUGCAGCAAGCUGCAACAGCGUGAAGGUCUAUAGAAUUUCGAUAAAUUGUGCUUAUCGUCGUCGGUAACUUAGGCUGCACAUAUGUAAAGGUGAAAUUGUGUUCCGCUACUGUACAUAAACUAUAUCAAUAAAAUGUAUUUAACAAUAAA